AUGUCACCGAGUCCUACACUCCCACCGCGGUUACUGGAAAGCGAGGAGGCAAAACCUGUCCGACCGACGAGCACCGCCGAGCAGAAUGGGAAAGCGACCACAGCUACCGAUGCCGGUUCGGAGGCCGAUGCCGAUGCCGAUGCCGAUGGAGAGCCAGAUGAUGGUGAAGAUGUCAACAUGGCCUCUGCACCCGGCGCUAAUGGCCAUGGGACCGCAUCGAAAGCCUCGACUAUUAAACCGGUCGUCUCGGUCACUCCCGUCGCUUCGACCUCUUCCCAACCCAUCCCCGUCCCGACCAUUAUCGAGCCCCCUACUCAACCAACACCUACAAUCUCCCCUUUCCUUCUCGGACCUCCCCCACCUUCAACUUCCCAAACAGCAACCUACAACUCGAUGUUCGGCAUCUCGCAGAUCUCCUCCUACUACCCCGAGACCCUCCCCGCCUUACCCUCGGACGUCCUGCGCAACCGCCUCGUAACAACAGUUCGAACGAAAAAAGGCAAGGAGCGAAUGCCACCCCCACCGGAUCUGUACAAGAUGCACAUCAAGGCCGUUCAUACAGGAGCCAAGAAUUUCCUCGGGCGGGGCAAACGCGUUCAUAACGUUCUGAGCACCCACGAUUGGGCCGUCGGAUUGGAGGAAUUUCGCGCUCUGCGAGCGUUCGAAAGGAUCGAAGCGAUGAAAGCCGAAAAGGCAUGGUCGUUCCGACAACCUAGGAAACAAAGGGCCGGAGUGGUCCCGAAAGCGCAUUGGGAUCAUGUCUUGGAUGAGAUGAGGUGGUUGCAGACGGAUUUCAGGCAGGAGAAGAGAUGGAAGACGGUCACGGCUUAUGAUUUGGCUAGGGCUGCGAGGGCAUGGCAUCGCGCUACGCCGGAGGAGAGGAAAGAGAUGUGUGUUAAGGUUGGGCAACCGAGGUAUUUGACUGAGGAAGAGGAUGUGGAGAUGGACGUGGGAGGGGAGGGGAAAGGGGGUGCCGAUGGCGAAGCGGCAAUGGAAGUCGACGAGGGAUCCAAGGCAGAAGGAGGGGAUGCAGAUGCGGAGGGUGUCGAAGAUGUCGAUGCCGACGGCGAGGUUGACGAGGCUCCCGAUACCGAAGCCAAGAAUAAGGUCGUCGCGGGUGUUGACGGAGCGACGAACGCUUCGACCCCUGGCGCUGCCGCCACACCCGCACUGGGUUCAGCACGAGCACAAGCCCAAGCCGCAGCGGAGAAGCAACGUGCCGACGCAGCAGCCGCAGCAGCUCACAUCCAAAACCUCAUCGCCUUGCGAGCACCCGUCUUUGGACUUGGACCGGACACAACAGUCUUUGAUCCCGUUGCGAUCGCCGGCGUCGCUGACGACACGAUCGCGCCUAAUUUGGGAGCGCUCUUCCCCGACCUUCCCCUCUACUCCGACUUCCUCAUCGCGAGUGACCCCGCACUCGACAAACGUUUCGAAGAAAGUUCCCCUUGGUCCGGACGUGUCAAUCACGUCUCGAAAUGGCUUGAAUCCAAGCCUCUGCUCGUCAGUACGAUCAACCCGGCACGAACACGGACCAAGAACGGCUGGGACGACUCGACGAGCGUCUGGCUCGACGAUUCGAAGGAACCGAUCGUCGAACCCACUCGCGAUUUACCACCUCCUGCAUUGAUGCAGUCGACCUUGUUCGCGAGUGCCAAACCACGAGCGAGGAACGACCUCCUAGCCGAACUGAUCAACAACCGACCUGCGGAAUUGCCCAAUGCUGAAACACGUGCUGCUUCCUUGCACUGGGCGCCCGACGAAGAUGCUCGAAUCCUCGCUCUCGUGAAGCAGUAUGGUCCGCAUUGGCAAAUGAUCGCGGACGUGUUCAACGGUUCGACGAUCCGGCCCGAUUCGGACGUUCGACUCCCUUGGGAUCUCUACGACCGAUGGGACAAACUCGCCGGACCUGGUUCACGCAAGACCCUCCCCGACGGAACCGAGAUUUCCGUUCCCGUCCCCGAUUUCGUUCCUCCUCCCGAUCUCAAAGCCAGUCGAGCACCCCAAUUCGCCAAUUUCGAAGGUGGCAAGAAGAGUUUGCGCCAUUUGACCGUGUUCGACGCGAUGCGCAAGGUGCAGAAGAAGCGCGAGAUCGCGGCGGCGAAAGCUCCUCCACCGGGUAUGCCACGACGGAUAAGUAUGGCUAUCCAUGACUCGCACAACAUUCCACAACGGCCGAUGUAUUCUCCGAUGGAAUGGGGCGCGUAUAGGCACGAGUCCGAACAGGCACGCGCCCGCGCAAGGGCGCAACAGCAGUCCGAGCUUUUGCAGCAGCAGCAACGCCUUCAACAGCAGCAGCAGCAGCAGCAGCAGCAACAACAACAGCUUGCCGCGAAUGGAGGUCAACAGAUUGUGAGUUCCGAGAUGUGCGCCUGCGAAUCGCGUCAAUCCUCUGCGAACUGACUCUGUCGCCACCUAUCUUUCUCUGACUUCAGAAUGGAGGCGUCCGGUUCAUGCCCAACGCGAAUAUGCCCCAAGGUUUUCCCCCGGGUGCCCAAGUGCCUCAAGGCCAACCCCGUCCUCAAGGUGUUCCCUCUCCGAACCAAGGUCCCCAAGGCCAACCCGGCUCCGUCAACCGUCUCUCCAACGGCGUCCCCGCCCCACCCCAACAAUUCCUGCAACAACAAUCGGGUGCGGCGCAAAUGACGGCUGAACAAGUGGCGAUGUAUCAGGCGAGGCAGAGGGAGAUGCAUGCGCAGGCACAGGCGCAAGCGCAGAUGAGGGCUCAUGCGCAGGCUCAGGCUCAAGCGCAGGCUCAGCAGUCGCAGGUCGGUUAG